AUGAAUCGCGGUGGAAUUGUGACAGCUGAAAAAAUUAAUGAAAUUUUAGCUUACUGUAAUAUUAAAAUUACAGAACAAGAAUUAAAAUCUUUAAUAGAUACUGCAAGUUUUACUUUAACUAAUUUAGAUCAAAAAAGUAUAACUAAGGAUGUUCUUAAAGAUAAACUUGGUUUACCUAAUAGUAAACAAAGAAUUCCUGGUAUAUAUAUCUUUACACAUACUACUACAGGUAGAAAAUAUGUAGGUUCAUCAUCACAGCUGGCUUUUAGAUUAAAUGGCUAUAUUCAUUUGUCUCAUAGAAAGAGUGGUUUAUUAAUCCCUUUAUUACAUAAAGAAGGAUUGAAAAAUUUCUCUUUACAAGUUUUUCCUUUUUACCAUAAUUACAUUAAAGGGUCAGAAAUUGCAUUAGAACAAUAUUAUUUGUUAGACUCUAGUUUCACAUUAAAUACCAUAAGAGUUGCAAAUAAUCCUAGCGGGUCAAACUCAAAGAGUUUAUAUAUGUAUAACAGAGAUAUGAGUAUAUUAUAUUUUUUUGCAACAAAACAAGUAGAUUUUAUUAGAAAAUUAAAUGUUCAUCAUAUUACAUUUUCUAAACAUUUAAAAAACGGUACUUUUUAUUUAGAUAAGUAUCUUUUUUCAAGUGAACCAGUGUUAACUGCUAAAGUUAAAGAUAUGUCUGAUUUAGAUUUAGCUUUAAUGCUGGAAAAGGACAGAGUUAAAUACAAUAAAAAUAAAUCUCUUAAUAGUUUAUCUAAACCUGUUAGAUUAACAUGUGUGGAUAAUUUAGAAAACACUAUUGUGUUACCUAGUUUAGGUAAAUGUGUGGAAUAUUUACAUAACAAAGGUUUAUCUGCUUCUCAAGUAACAUUAGUUAAACACAUUGAUUUAGGUAAAGCAUAUAAAGGAUAUUUAUGUGAAUAUGUGAAAGAAAAUACGUUGUAA